CAUCCGUGUGUCGCACUGCCAAAAAAGAAAGAGGACGUGGCCGCUCUCUCAACUGACUGCUGCUGGCGUAGACGUCGGACUUUGGAACUGUCAUGUCGUCGCAAAGAUACCCCAUCAGCAUCCGUUUAACCGGAGUGAUGGAGAAGGACAAGAAAAAAAUGUACAUUACCUCGGUGCUUUGGUCGGACGAGGAAGACAUUGUCAUCUACAGGAGUGUUGAGGACUUCAAAAAAAUGCAUAAGUUGCUCAAGAAAGCUUUCCCUGGCACAAAAAAAUCUGAGAGAAUCGUGCCUAAAUUUAAAGUGACAAAGCCGGCUAAAGCUGGGCAGAAGAAUGGUGGCACUAAGUCCCUGAAUUACCUGAAGCCUUUGCAGAAGUACUGUAAUGAGUUGCUAAGCUGCGAUCCGCAGGUCAACCAGUCUGUUCAUCUCAUCCAGUUUCUCAACCCCAAAAAUGAGGAACUGCAGCCUGAGUACUCCAUGAACAGCAUUAUAAUCACGCCCCCUGAAAGCCAAGCUCAGGAGCAGAUUUUCAGCCAAGGAGGUAACGUGACCCAGCCUUUUGCCACAGAGACGUACAGGUGCGUGGCCCCAUACGAGACCAAGGACACCAAGAACAAGCCAUUCAAAGUAGCGCUGAAUGAAAAAGUUGACGUGCUCAUCAAGGACAAAGCAGGCUGGUGGCUUGUGGAGAAUGAAGACAAGUGCUUAGCCUGGUUUCCUGCACCGUACCUAGAGAGGACGGACGAUGAACCAGAGGAGGACGAUAUCGACGGACUUCCCGAAAGAGGAUUGUUUUACACCGUGACCAAGAGUUAUAAAGCCACCAACGAUGAUGAAAUAACAGUGAGCAUCGGUGUCUCGGUGGAGGUCCUGCAAAAGUCUGAAAACGGCUGGUGGCUCAUCAGACACCAGGGAAAGGCAGGCUACAUUCCCAGCAUGUACUUAAAGCCCCCGAGCCAUGGCCGCAUGUUAGGUGGCCACCACGGGCGCAGCAAUCCCACUCCACUGACCACUUCCACCCUCGCGGUGCAUUCUCAGUUGAUGAGCCGCUCUCAAGAAAACCUACGUAGUCCAAACUCCGUCAGGCCUACCUCACCCAACCUCCUCCAACCCCAGAGCAAGCAAUUGUCCAAAUCCGCAGAGGUCCUAAGCCAACCUGUGACUACUCUGCCUAUCUCCAAGCCAGCCGUUGCCAUACCACCCAAGGCGAGGCCUGUCCCACCAAGACGCCCCCAGUCUCCCGAUGCAAGACAAAUCUCAUUUCCUAAGGAAAGACAAGCCUCGCCCUCCAAUGGAAGACAAGUCAUGCUUCCUAUUGAAAGACAAGACUCAGCAUCCAAUGGAAGACAAGUCAUGCUUCCUAAUGAAAGACAAGACUCAGCAUCCAAUGGAAGACAAACUUCACUUCCUAAUGAAAGACAAGACUCAGCAUCCAAUGGAAGACAAACUUCACUUCCUAAUGAAAGACAAGCAUCACCUUCCAAUACCAGACAACCCUCACCUUCCAACGCAAUGUACGUCCCUACGCCUAUCAUCAUGGUGGAAAACGAUGCGGAUAGUGAUCUUCCCCAUAGCCUGAUCGCUGACAGCGAAGACGAGUUUACAAGCGACAGCGACUUCAGCAGUGACGAAUUCAGCUCCUCCUCACCAAGCACGAGCCUGAGCAUGAGUACCGAUGACUACCGCCUGCGCCGGAGCCGCACACCUGAGCCGCCGGCGAAAAACACCCUAAACCCACAAAGAGCCACGAGAGGCAAAAUGAUGCCAGCGGUCUCCGACCCAAACAUCUUCGAGAGCGUCUCAGCGCCCAAAGCUAGCAUGAACCUGAGCAUGAGCACUGACCACUACCGCAUGCACCAAAGUCCUGGCCCUUCGUCGCCUGUCAGAAACACCCUAAACCCAGAAAGUGCCAUGGGGGGCAAAAUGAUGCCCGCUGUCUCCGAUCCGAACAUUUUCAAGAACGUCUCAGCACCCAGGAUGCCACCCAGGCCGCAGUCCCAGGAGAUCCUCACCCGAUGUACCACAAUCACCCGCAAGAACGCCAGCCGAUCUCAGAGUCCGACACCCACUCCCAUACAGAGUCGGUAGAAGAAGCAGAUGUUGAAGAAUCCAGACCAGAUUCAAUUUUGACUUCUCAGAUCGACUUGGUCACGUGUAUUUACUGUUUCAUACUAGAAAGAUUGUAAGCCCCUUUGUAGCUAAUUCACAAUUAAAAAAUAACAUGUACGACUCAAGCUUUUCCUGUCUCUCCUGGAUAUAUUUUCCAUACUGGAAAACUUUUGUUGUGCCUUAUAUGCAUUUAGACAGAGAGCUCAAUUAUACAUGUAUCCAAAGAUUUUUGUUUAAGUGUAAGAAUGUUAGAAAUUGACAAUGGGUGUGUGAAAUGUGAUUUCAAAGAAAGACUGCACUGACAAACCGCAGGGAGUAACUUGGUCACAGACAAUUUCUUCAUUCCAAUCCUUGAUGAUUAAAUUUAAUUUUCAAUUUCACAUUGAGAACCGUGUGACAGCAGAAACACAAUCAACUAAGAGUGUGAGAAUAUCUUGAUACAGCGAUCUAUCGCGAUAUUUUGCAACCUGAUCGGUUAUCGAUAUGCUCCCGCCAAGUAUCGAUACUUUUAUUUAACAUAUUGGCCAUACAAUGGAGUAUGGAUGCUGUAAAUUGCUCAAUGUUUGUUGAGCAAUUCCUUGGAGGUCCACUAGGGGCGCUCGGGAGUGGCGGUGAAGGUAAAGUGCGCACAAGUCGUCUAGAGAAGAAGACAGGAAGCUCCAACUGGGUUGAUAAAAUAAAAAAGCUCUGUGAAAACGGUGGAGGAAAAAAAUGAGAAAAAUAUUGCUACAAAUCACACAUGGGGACACACUUUAGAUUUUACACCAACAAGAAAAGAAGUAAGGUGAACAAGGACUUUGCUUUAUGCAAGAAUUGUCUAACAAAAAUAAGGUUCACUGGGAGCUGGUGACGAAGUGCACACCGGAUUUUUUCACUGCUUCG